UUUUUUUUUCUGAGCCCUUUCUUUUUUCCUUUCUUCUCUGGAUCCAAUUUCUUCUUCAUCACUGAACGUUCUUUCUUAUAUAAUAUUAAUGCAUCUACGAAAUGGUAUUCUCACUCGAACUGCAAGAAAAGAUUGUUUCGCAAAAUUCCAUGUUUAUACAAAACAUGUCCAUCAUAGAAUCAAUACAAGAACAACUAUUAAAAAGGAUUGUUUUGAGAAGCCUUUCCUCAACUGAUUAUGACGAUGCAAAAGAUUAUAUUCAAGACAAAGUGACCAUCUUUCGAUUUCUCAAAGAAGCUGACUUUGAUGAAGAAGUCGCUUUACAAAAGCUCGAUAAGGUGCUAGCUUGGCGAAUCGAACAGCAUAUUGCUCGACUAACUUACCAAGACUGUAGCGCGUUUUUUUCUGAAGAUGGAGCAUUGACCUUCUUUCAUAAAGUGGAUAUAUCGGGUCAUUUUCCCUUGGUGUUUGUCAAAUUGGCCAAUUUUCCUUCAUCGAAAAGAUUGUAUGCUACGAAUACAAGAUCGAGAAAUACCAGAAGAAGAAAAUUAGUAAACUAUGUUCAGCCUUAUGCUUGUUUUGUUAUGGAAAUGGCCAGAAAACUGACUUGGGAUAUGACAAAGGAGCGUAUGAAAAGAAAUGAACAGUAUGUUUUGGUGGCUGAAAUUAUGGCUCUUGUCGAUGUUUCGAAAGCGCCCAUGAUACCCAUCGAUGCUGAACUGAUAAGGGCAAUGAGUGUCAUUUUGGAUGACCGAUUUCCUAGCAUGGUCGACUCUAUACACGUAUUCAACUUUAGUUGGGUGUAUCAAGGGCUAUGGUCAGUCUUGAAGCACUUGUUAAGUGAAAAAGCCAAGAGAAGCAUACAAUUUAAUACAGUCAAAGAUGUUCAGUCUAUUAUUAGUGAAGACUGUAUACUGACAGAAAUGGGAGGUAUCGAUGAUUAUAUAUGGUCAGUAAUGAAUGACGUGGUUCUACAAAAAUAUGGCACUGGUGCGUCACCAAAACUUCCGGAAGACGAGCUUACAAAAGUAGCAGUACGGCCAGAAGCAGAAGUGCAACAGCACAUAAGCAGUCGCGAAAAUGCUGCAGACACUCUAGUUUCGCCUGUGCGUGUCAAAGAUAGGCUCGCUAAUAGUACCAACAACAAUAGAAAACAAGCUGUGACGCCACUAGAUUCAAUAGAUGCGAUUCACACAAGCCCAACCAUCGUCACCGCUACUGCAGCAUCAGAUGCUAGUUCAGAUAAUGACAUAUUCUUCGAUGCCAUCAAUGACUCAUCUACUUCUUCAAGUCCGUCAAUAUCUAUAGUAAAACAAGCCCCUCAAACAGACUUAGCACAGCUUCCUCGAACGCCGCCUCUUUCUGCAAAUAUGCCCCCACCCUCGUUUUCAUCAGGAAGACCCAUGCCGCCACAACCACAACCAGAAGCGAUACCCAAUCUCAGCAAUGCCAUACCAGUGACGCCCCCCUUCCCAUCUUCGUAUGUACAACCGUUCCAUGCUGUACAUCAGAAUAUACCAGCACAACCAACUACUGCUUCUGUCACUCAACCCAUGCCACAUGCGCCCUUUUAUUCCUGGGGUACAACAGAGUUACGUACCGGUCUUGACAUAUUGACCUCGUUUAUCACUAAAAGAAGAACAUUAUCAGCACUCCAUCAGCGUCAAUGUGAGCAACAACAAAAACAGCAACAUCCUCAGCAUGCGGCUCCUGCUAUUUUAAAUCCCUCUUUGACUCCUACAUCCUCUUCCGUUAUCGUCGUCGAUAACCCUUCAACUGCAACUGCGUCUAACGCUGCUGUAAGCACUACUUCAUUAGAACAAAAAGGAAAGGAACGUCCAAUAGCCCUUAUUACCACUGAGAAACAUAAUCACGAUAAGUUUAUCAUUACAUUCCACCUUCAAGCUUUACAUAAUCUAUUCCAGCACUACACCCAUUCACUCUUCCAUUGGACCUUUGGUCAUCGCGGUCUCAUUUAUUGGGCUUUCCUUUAUCUUUUUUUAAGAGGACCUGUAGAAAGCCUUGCUCACCAUUCCAUCCUACGUCUUCAGCAGUCGUUCAUCACAGGCCAUUGGAAACCAAGGUCUUUUUUGAGUGUUGGAUCAGUGACAAUGGGUGUGACAGCUACAGUCGCGGCUAUCAUGAAUAGUGGAUUAUCAUCUAUCAUAGAUAAAUUUUCUACUCCCACUGCUAGCAAGAGAGAAGGAGACGGGAAAACAAAGCGAUUGAAUAAUUUGGGUUUAUUCAAUAGAAAUACAUGAUGAACAUCAUCACGAAAAAAAAAAAAAAAAAAAA